ACGGCGCGCAUGCGCACCGCAGGUCACUGAGGCUCCGAAGGAACUGGCGGAAACGACCUUUACAAGAUGGCGGCCGAGGCGGACGGGCUGCUCAAACGGGUGCUGGUGCCGAUUCUUUUACCUGAGAAAUGCUACGACCAAUUUUUCGUCCAGUGGGAUUUGCUUCACGUCCCCUGCCUGAAGAUUCUCCUCAGCAAAGGCCUGGGGCUGGGCAUUGUAGCUGGGUCGCUGCUGGUGAAACUGCCUCAGGUGUUUAAAAUCCUCGGAGCCAAGAGUGCGGAAGGGCUGAGCCUGCAGUCAGUCAUGCUGGAACUGGUGGCAUUGACUGGGACCAUGGUCUACAGCAUUGUCAACCACUUCCCCUUCAGCUCUUGGGGUGAAGCACUAUUCCUGAUGCUCCAGACAGUCACCAUCUGCUUCCUGGUCCUGCACUACAGAGGACAAACUGUGAAAGGUGUGGCUUUCCUAGUGUGUUAUGCCCUGGUCCUGCUGAUGCUGCUUUCACCACUGAUGCCCCUGGCCGUGAUCACCAUACUCCAGGCCUCCAAUAUGCCUUCUGUGGUGGUGGGGAAGCUGCUCCAAGCAGCCACCAACUACCGCAAUGGGCACACGGGCCAGCUCUCAGCCAUCACAGUCCUUUUGCUCUUUGGAGGCUCCCUGGCCCGAAUCUUCACCUCCAUUCAGGAAACUGGAGAUCCCCUCAUGGCUGGAACCUUUGUGGUCUCUUCCCUCUGUAACGGCCUUAUUGCUGCCCAGCUUCUCUUCUACUGGAAUGUAAAGGCUCCUCACAAGAAGAAAAAAGAGUAGUAGGGCUGAUCCAGCUACUAGAGUCCAUUCCAUGUUUCUAUUCAUCCACCUAAUCUCAGGGUCCUUCUGAGCCAGCCUGCUGGUGUGACUUUUAAUCAUUCCCCAUUUCUCUGCAGGUGCAACUUUUUGAGCCAGCAUUUGUGUUUCGUGGAAAGGCAUAGAUCAGGGGUCUUCAAACUACGGCCCGCGGGCCACAUGCAAAUACAAAUAUUGUAUUUGUUCCCGUUUUGUUUUUUUACUUCAAAAUAAGAUGUGUGCAGUGUGCAUAGGAAUUUGUUCAUAGUUUUUUUUUUAAACUAUAGUCCGGCCCUCCAACGGUCAGAGGGAUAGUGAACUGGCCCCCUGUUUAAAAAGUUUGAGGACCCCCGGCAUAGAUGGUAGACCCAAUCCUUAGAAAGGAAAUGGGUAGAGAUUUUCAGGCUGACAUGAUACUGAUUGUGCACUGUCCUGUGUAUGCACUAUUAACUAAUUGAACCAUUUGCUGAACUUCUUUUAGCAAUUUCUAGCUACUUACCUCUCCUGGGCAAAAGUCUUGCCUGCCCUCCCAUCUCCCCACUUUCCUUUUGGCUUUAAGAGGACAAAGCCUGGACAGUGCAGGGGACUAGGGGCUUAUGGCUGCCUCCCUCCCCCAGCCUGUCUGGGACUGUCUCCUGGACCCCAGUGCUGGGUGGGAGGCAGGGGAAGGGGGAUGGAGAAUGACUCAGUCAGGGCCCCAGGGUGGGGUGAGGAGGUUCCUGCUCUGGCAGGUCCAGGCAAAAGGGAGUGGAGAUGAUGCUGGUUCCUGUUGUAGUGAGGGGGAACAGAGAUGGGGCAAUAAAGACGCAGAGACAUGG